AUGGCAUCCGAAUCACUAAAUGUAAUUGCGCUUAUUUCAGGAGGCAAAGACAGCUUCUUCAAUCUGCUUCACUGCAUUCGCCAUGGGCAUCGCAUCGUGGCCCUGGCGAACCUGUUCCCAGCUGUGGAUGGUGCCAACGAAGCCGUAGACGAUGAUCUGAAUAGCUUCAUGUAUCAGACGGUUGGCCACGAGGUUAUCCCGCUCUAUGCAGCAGCAACUGGUCUACCCCUCUAUCGACAGCCUAUCCGUGGCGGGGCACUGCAUCACGAACGGGAUUAUGAUUACACGUCUGGAGAGCACAAGGCUGAUGAGACGGAAUCAAUGUUGCUCCUUCUCAGGGCCAUCAAAGAUCGUCACCCAGAGGCCAACGCUCUCUGCUCCGGAGCCAUCUUGUCAACUUACCAGCGCACACGAGUUGAGUCAGUUGCGAUGAGACUUGGCCUCACUCCACUGGCAUAUCUUUGGAAGUAUCCCGUUCUUCCAUCUCCUGUAAAUGAGGUUGCAGAUGACGCUCAGCUGCUGCGUGAUAUGGCUGUGGCUGGACUUGAUGCUCGCAUUAUCAAAGUGGCAAGUGCCGGGCUUGAUGAAGGCCAUCUGUGGGAGCGAGUGUCGAGCGCCGAGGGAGUAAAUCGAGUGAAGAGCGCUCUGAGAAAGUUUGGUGCUCCACAAGGUGCUGCACUGGGCGAGGGAGGCGAGUUUGAGACGCUUGUCUUGGAUGGACCGGCCUGGUUGUUCAAGAAGAGGAUAAAUGUUCCCGAGGAAACGCGGCGAGUUAUCAACGAAGGAGGAGGGUCAACUUGGGUGAUGCUUCGGGGAGCUCAGCUUCAAGACAAACACACAGACGCCGAUGAGGCUACGAGUCCAGAGUCAUCUAUUAGGAGCCCUGAGCUGUUUGAUUCCAAGUUUCAGUCCAUCUUGGAUAGAGUUUUGAGCACAAAGACGGCCGAGUAUAGAGGGGAAGAAGCUUCAGGAGCUCUCGCACUACGGAUUCUGGGCAAUAAGUUCUCCACGAUACUGGAAGAAGAUGACGAUUUUCUCCGAUUUUCUGUUUUGGCCAAGCCUUCUGCGGAUCGCACUUCGAUUGAGGUGGAAAUGCAGUCCAUUGUCAGCCAAAUCGAGGGACUAGUUUCCUCCUCAUCUCUUGAUACGGCUCAAAUAACAAAUACCACCAUUAUCCUUCGUAACAUGGCAGAUUUUCCAAAAAUCAACGCAGAGUAUGGCAAGCUUUUCCCAAGGGCGAACCCGCCGUCUCGUGUCACCAUUUCAUGCGGCCACUUACUUCCGUCCGGCUUCAGCGUCAUGGUGUUCCUCACAGUCCCGAAAUCAGGGGUAAAUCCUCACCGGAAUGGGCUCCAUGUCCAGUCUCGUUCGUACUGGGCACCAGCGAACAUUGGUCCGUACAGCCAGGCCAUUGACGUUGCUCUGUCAUCAAAAACAGAGCAGACCGGGCUCCGAGCCAUAUACAUUGCAGGCCAGAUCCCUCUAAUACCAUUCUCCAUGGCCUUGCCACCCCCUUCGGAGACCAGCCACGGAAUGCAGGUUGUUCUCUCUUUACAACAUCUCUGGCGAAUUGGGCUUGAGAUGAAAGUUCAACUUUGGACAAGCGCGGUAGCCUACUUUGCUAAAUCAUCCUCACCAGAUGAGAUGAAAAGUAACGCCCAAGCGGCUGGCCUUGCGUGGAGGCUCGCUCAUGGGUCACCGGAAGAUGACGAAGACGAUGAGAAUGAGCUGGACCCGUGGGAUCUCAAGUACAACUUUCAACACAUGACACUGGCGGGCGAUGAGCAGAAGGCCCGUGCACGACUGCCUGACUGGUCAACUUUUACACUGAGACAACAAAACGAGCCGGAAUCAUGCAUCCCUCCCUUUUUCGCUGCUGAAGUGGAAGAGCUUCCUCGACAGUCUACGGUAGAGUGGCACGCUCAUGUUGGUCUAUCUCAAAUCGAGGAGACCAGCGUAGAGAUUGUCCAUCAUCCAGAAACAACGUCGUCGUGCUGGAGAGCAUGGCAUGUGUUCGUCCGCACUGCAACAGCCACACUGGUGUACACGACUCUGGCUCAUGUCCCGUCACGGGAUCACGAGAGCACCAAUUGGGAAGGUCUACGAAAGGAGCUUUCAGCCUUAUAUGCGGGCUCAGUUCGGGCCCUCGGGCUGACACCUCCAGUCUCUCCAACCCCUCACCUUGCAUAUAUAGAGGCUGUCAGUGUGACAUCCCUGUGGUCGGAUGUCGGCGAUGCUGGGCCGUCGGUGCCUUUUGCGAUGAUUCCGUGCCAUACAAUCUGGUCUGCCAACGGAGAAAGGAUAAAAUGCGUGGCAAUGUACAAAAUGACCCUUGGACUACCUCUGAAUGAAUGA